CCUACCUGACUGUGCCUUUAUGGGGCUGCUCGGCGUGCCGGCGCUUCCUUCGCCUCUCCCUCGAGCCGCCGCUAUUUAAGAGGGCGACGGGAGCCGAGGCGGGCCGGCGGAUGCUUCCCCACAUCGCCCGGCUGUGCGCGCUGCCCGGCGUGGAAUGAAUGGUGACCAUCGAAAUGAGUUGCACAAUUGAGAAGGCCCUAGCUGAUGCGAAAGCACUUGUGGAGCGACUGAGAGAACAUGACAAUGCAGCGGAAGCCCUGAUUGAACAGACUACAGCUCUCAACAAACGAGUUGAAGCAAUGAAGCAGUACCAGGAAGAAAUUCAAGAACUGAAUGAAGUCGCAAGACACAGGCCUCGCUCUUCAUUGGUUUUGGGUAUCCAGCAGGAAAACAGGCAGAUCAGGGAACUGCAACAAGAAAAUAAAGAACUACGCACAUCUCUUGAAGAACAUCAGUCUGCACUGGAGCUAAUAAUGAGCAAAUACAGAGAGCAGAUGUUUAGACUGCUCAUGGCCAGCAAAAAAGAUGAUCCAGGUAUUAUAAUGAAGUUAAAGGAGCAGCACUCCAAGGAGCUACAAGUUCAUGUGGAUCAAAUUACAGAAAUGGCAGCAGUAAUGCGAAAAGCCAUUGAAAUCGAUGAGCAACAGGGCUGCAAAGAACAGGAACGAAUUUUUCAACUAGAACAAGAAAACAAAGGAUUGAGAGAAAUCCUGCAGAUAACAAGGGAAUCAUUUCUAAAUCUCAAGAAAGAGGAUGCAUCAGAAAGUACCUCUCUAUCAGCAUUAGUAACAAACAGUGACUUGAGCCUGAGGAAGAGCUGAAGAUCCUGUGGAAACUCUGAAUGAC